CGUAACUAUUGUCAUGAUUCAUCUUACAUCUCCCCUUUUUCACAUUUGUAUCUCUUGUAGUAAUUAAUAGACUUGGUUCAAUGAAAAUGAAACUAUUUGAUUUAAACAUCGGAAAACGUCAAGCCGUGGAGGAUGGAAUCGUAUAGUUACAAUGCGUUUCACUUCCUCUUUUGCCUGUGCAGCGUUUCAUGAUUUUCCUCCAUUUGUUUGAUGCUCAAGCGCGAUUCAUAUAAAAUCCCCAGCCUGCAUCCUAGCAUCACGACGGUAGAAAUCUAUCUUCUUACCUUUUAAUACUAUAUUUGAAUAUUUACAACUUCAAAUUCGGGUGUUUCAAAAUGGCGGGCGGUAUUCACGUCCUCGAUGAUUACUACCUGGCUAUCACACUGCUUGUGACGCUCGGGUACCAGCUGCUCUUCUUUGUGGUCGCAUUCAGCUUCAAGUUCGACAAGAUAACAGACUUCGCAGGCGGCACCAACUUCGUCGUGCUAGCUAUCCUUACACUCUGCCUCAGCCAGCACCCCGAUCCACGCCAAAUAAUCGCAUCGGUAUUUAUCAUCGCAUGGGGUCUACGUCUUUCAAUCUUCCUUCUUUACCGUGUCCUCAAAACAGGUAAAGAUGACCGAUUCGACGGAACACGCGAAAGGUUAUUCGCAUUCCUCGGUUUCUGGCUAUUCCAAAUGAUCUGGGUAUGGAGUGUUUCACUACCUAUCACUAUUCUCAACUCCCCCGCUGUACGCUCGUAUGCCGCGCACCAGGCACAUUUCGGCACUGCGAGGGAUAUCGCGGGUACGGUGCUAUUUGGGGUGGGUUUUAUCAUGGAGACUGUGAGCGAUACGCAGAGGUAUAUCUGGCGCAAGAACGACAAUGGAUUCGGUGUCUGUGAUAAGGGGUUCUUUGCUUGGAGCCGGCAUCCGAAUUAUUUUGGCGAGAUUAUUAUUCAAUUCGGGAUCUACAUGAUCUGUGUCUCGCCAGCCGCAGAUGGCUCCGUCCAAGGGAGUGCGUACAAGGCGCUCUACGCCUCCAUUUUGGGACCUUUCUUCCUCCUCACUCUGAUUCUAUUCGUCUCGGGUUUAUCACUAUCCGAACGACCAGGUGCCAAGAAGCGAUAUGAGGACGGAACGAAAUGGGAUGCUUAUCAGCGAUACUUGAACCGUACUAGUAUACUCAUCCCAUUCCCUCCUGAGAUCUAUGAGAAACUUCCUACUAUCAUCAAGAGGACUAUAUUCCUUGAGUUUCCUAUUUACGUAUUCGACCCGGCCAAGCAUUCAGAUGUCACCAAGGAUCAGCAAGCGGCGGAAGAGGGGCAGCAUCGGAUUUCCCCCACCAAUGACCGACAGAGUGGGGAGCCAUUAAGGGAGAAUGUUUAGAGAAUGUUUAAGUAGGAGUAUUAUGAUGAGGGUGCGCUUUUGUGAUUUUAGUUCAUAAGGUAUUAAAUA